AUCGAAAGCAGCGUCCAUUCCAAGCGACAACACCGCUUAGUUUCCCUUUCUUCUAAGUUCUAAACAUUCUAAGCGACAACUAAACACAACUUCGCAGUUCACCAGUCAUGUUGAGAGGUGCUAGCUUUGCGAAGCUGUGUUUGGAAGACGAUUCAAUGGAAGGAGAUUUCUUCGACGAAGAUGGAUUCAAACUGCAUUUCGAAAAGGACAUCACGCCCGCUGAAAAGCGGUACUAUAUGCGAGCCUUUCCGAACGUCAGUGAAAUUGCCGAGGGAAAGGUCCACUGCACAGCAUGCGGUAAACACAUCGGAACGGCGCCGAUUGCCGAAGCCAUCAUCCGCAGGCAUCCCAUCAUGAAGGUGGUCCUCUGUCUCACGUGCUACGAUUUCUACAACAGUGGCGAAUUCGAUAAGGGAGAGGAUGGCAGCGAGCUUUUCUGCCGUUGGUGUGGCCAGGGAGGAGAAGUGUUCUGUUGCUCGAGAUGUCCUUUUGUGUUCUGCGACAAAUGCAUCGAGCGGAAUCUGUCCAGUCUGUGCGUGGAAGAUAUAGAGGGUAACGACCACUGGAUUUGCUUCGUUUGCUCACCGUGCAUUACAUGGCACGUGUGCGCCAAAUACUGGGCCGUAACGAAUUACAUCGCCAAGCAGAUAAAGAUAAUCAAAAGCAAGAAGCUCACAGACGUCCGCGUACAGAAACUCAUGCAGACAGACAACUCAAAGUGCUGCUCGAAGACCUAAGGCGUGACAGAAGGCGUACAAGGCGCAAAAGGAAGAGUCCUGCAUGUGAAAGAAAAGAGAAUAAAACAAUGAUUCAUUAUUCAUUG